UAUAUAGUGUAGGCUAUUAUAUUGAGCCAAUGAGCCAACGUCGUAAUCUUCUUGACCUCUUGUAUACACUUUUCAUGCUGUUAGGUAUCAUGGGUCGUUCAAAAUUAUUUUUUGUGCUUUUUAAAUUAAAUUAGAUAGAAUAGAUUAGAAUUAGAAUAUUCGAAUAUAAUAAUAAUUUUGCUGCUAAUAUAAUAGACAUUUUCAAAACAAUUCGUUUUCGAAAAUUAAAUUAUGUAGUUAUAGUUAAGUGUUCUAAGAUUUUCAUUGCUUUCGUGUUUAUUAGUUCAGCUAUCUAUGGCAGUAUAAUAUUUGGAAAUCUUAUUUUUAAUUCAAAUUCAGUAAAAGUAUAUGCUACACAUAAAAUGGCGGAAUUAGUUACUUUACUUCAUCAAGAAAUUCCAGAAGGAAGAAAUAACCUUAGUGAUAGUCAUACCAAUUUAGAGAGAGUUGCAGAUUACUGCGAAGCCAAUUAUUUUCAAGCUGAUAAUAAAAGAAUUGCUUUGGAAGAAACAAAAAACUAUACAACUCAAUCACUAGCUAGUGUUGCCUAUCAAAUAAAUACUCUAGCUUACAAUUUUCUUCAAUUGCUAGAAUUACAAUCGACUCAGUUAUCUGAAAUGGAAAGUCAAAUGAAUCAUAUUUCACAAACUGUUAUGAUUCAUAAAGAAAAAGUUGCAAGACGAGAAAUUGGAGUACUAACAGCUAAUAAAAUUACUUCGAGGCAAUAUAAAAUCAUUGCACCAGCUAAUCCUGAAAAACCUAUAAAGUACAUCAGAAAAUCAAUUGAUUAUACUGUUUUUGAUGACAUUGGUCAUGGAGUACGAACGGUAGGGACGCCCAGAACCAAACAACGUGGAGGUAGUCAAAGCAGUGUCCAAAGCUUAGGAGCAUCUUCAGUUGCAUCAGGAAUAAUAGCGAAUUUAGUAGGACCAGCACCGACUACAAAGCCUCCAACACCACCUCAAGUUGCAAGAACAGGUACUUUAAGUAAAGGAUCUAAAGAGUACAGAACUCCUCCAGCUGUAGCACCUCCACAAGUUCCAAGCCAUUACGCUCCAAAUUAUCCAUUAGGUCAUCCAAGAAGAGACAGAGGUCCCGGAUAUAGCACUUUACCCGUGCAUGUUCAUAAUACUCAACAUCUGAACCAUCUAAAUUCAUCCAACGCAUAUAAUACAUCCACACCUCAAAUUGGAACAGUACAUCCUAUACAAUCUCAUGGGACAUCAAGUAUUCGCAGUGUGGAUUCUAAUUUUAAUGGAAUUAAUCAUUAUACAGAUCAUAAUAUCAAUAUGCCUCCUCCGCCAUCUCCGUUACCUGCAACCAGCGAUUCUACGGAUUGUGGAGGACACUAUCCAGUCAGAAUAUCUAAUCAGUCCAGUGGUGGAACGCACAGUCCUCCACUCCCUCCACCUCCACCACCAGAACAAGAGGAAUUUUCUCAAUUUGGCAGAUUGAUGUCAUGUACGGCAGCAAUCAAACCGAUAGUUCCUGAAGAAGAAGACUUACCAGGAUGGGUCCCAAAAAAUUACAUAGAAAAAGUGAUCGCCAUUUAUGAUUACUAUGCUGAUAAAGAAGAUGAAUUGAGUUUUCAAGAAAGUUCAGUAAUAUAUGUGUUAAAAAAGAAUGAUGAUGGAUGGUGGGAAGGAGUUAUGGAUGGUAUCACUGGCUUAUUUCCUGGAAACUACGUCGAACACUGUGUAUAAAUUGUAUCAGCUUUAGGAAUAAUUGAUAUAUUUAUAUGUAGAUUGCUCGAAUGAAAAAUAUUAAAUGUUUUACUUUAUUACAAUAUUAAUGAAAAAAAAAACAUUAUAGUAUUUAACAAUAAUUUAUAAUAUAAAAAUAGCAUC